AUGGUGGGUCGUAGUCUGUUCAAGCACUACGAGAAAGGACCUCGAAACCGGCGGUCCCGGGUAGAUGGUGUCGAGGUCAUGCAGGAGCGAAUAGUCAAGUACUUGGAUGAGGUGGAUGCCAACAGUGUUUAUUUUCAAGAGAACGUGCCGCAUCCCGUUGCUCAAUUUAUGGCAUCCGAGAUGCUGCUCGAGAAUAUCAUUGGCAUGGGUGAAUUUGGAACUGUCGUUGAAGUUACAGGGAUUCGUUUGGACUCUUCAACUUCAGAUGAUGGUGAUACUUCUUCGCCUCCAUUGGUGAAUAUUCAACAAAAUGUGGAUGGAUUAUCCGACUCCAUACGUUGCAAGGUGCAAAGUUGUUUCGAGCUGUCAUCCCUCGACAACUUCGAAGUCCCUCCACUUGAAGAAGAAAGCGAUUCAGGUUAUGACAAAGAAAAUAUCAGACAACGUGACGAAUUGCGAUCUCAGAUUGUCGACACCGUUUCUACAGAAGCUACAACAACGCCAAUACACUACAACUAUGCGGUGAAACAAAUACGGCGAGAUUUGUACCCGGAUAAGAGAGAGGAAGCUGCCAAGAGUCUCGCGAAAGAACAGAAGUUUUUACAAACAAUUCAACAUCCAAAUAUAGUUCGACUCCGGGGUAUCGUCGACAACCCUGGAGGUACCAAUCACAUGCUCGUAUUGGAUAAACUGAGUCAUUCUCUGUUGCAGCAAAUCGUAGACUGGAAAGAGGAACUUCCAUCUAAUUCGUUUGCAUUUCCCUGGAAGUCACCAAAAGUACAAGAGACAGAGGCAAGAGUCUUGUCCGAGCGGCUAUUCGCCUUGUACGAUAUUGCUCAGGCAAUUUCUUUUCUACAUUCAAAAUCAAUUGUCUUCCGUGACCUUAAGGUAGAAAAUGCUGCCAAGAGGCCUGGGAAUGGGGCACUGCAACUCUUUGAUUUUGGUCUUGCUAGAGAAUUGAAGGCAGUUGACCAAGUCAAUCAAGGGGAGUACCACCUGACGGGCCUGACAGGGACGUUCCGAAUCAUGUCUCCUGAAGUCAUACAAUGUACCCCGUACGGCUUGAGCACUGAUAUCUUUAGCUUUGGAAUUUUUGCGUGGGAAGUCUUCUCGGGAAAUCUCAAUAAAUUGACUGCUCAGGAAGUGUGCAGGGGGCAACGUCCAGAAUGUCGUGGAGUAGACUUUCCAGCAUCGUUCGAAUCUUCCCUUUUAAAUAGAUGUUGGAACGAAAGCCCUAACAAGCGGGCAACGAUAGACCAAGUGUGCAAGAUCAUAGCUUCAGAGCUAUUGAGUGGAAGGAAAGAUGAUGGUAAAUCUGAGAUUAUCAACAGAGUGAAGCUGUUGCGACAAACUUCGACGAGUUGA